UAGUUAGAUAUUGGCGCCAACGGAUAAUAUAAUAAACUUGAAAAAUACUAUUUCGAAAAAUUUAUUAAAUAUAAGGUCUAUUAUAUCUUAAUUUUGUUGAUUACGUUUAUAAUUUAUGUGUAAAAUCAAAUAACUUUGUUGAAUCGCACGAAAUUAAAUUGUAUGAAUCCACGUGUUGUGAAAAUCUAAUGACAGACAAUGUCUACACCAGCAAAAAUAAAAAAAUUAGAUGAGGUUGUGGUGAAUAGAAUCGCAGCUGGAGAAGUGAUCCAAAGGCCAGCAAAUGCGUUGAAAGAACUAAUAGAAAACAGUCUGGAUGCCAAAGCCACGAAUAUACAAAUUACUGUAAAAGAAGGAGGUUUAAAAUUAUUACAGAUACAAGACAAUGGCACUGGUAUCCGAAAAGAGGACAUGGAGAUUGUGUGUGAAAGAUUUACAACUAGCAAACUGCAAAAAUUUGAAGAUCUUAAUGCAUUGACAACAUUUGGAUUCCGAGGAGAAGCUCUGGCUAGUAUCAGUCAUGUAGCUCUUCUUAGUAUUACUACAAAGACAGCAGAUGAAAAGUGUGCUUACAAAGCAUCAUAUCUUAACAGCAAACUAAAAGCACCUCCAGUACCAUGUGCUGGAAAUCAAGGCACUAUAAUAACAAUAGAAAAUUUAUUUUAUAAUGUACCAACUCGAAGGAAAGCUUUGUCAAGUUCGUCAGAAGAAUUCACUAAAAUUACAGAAGUAGUUAUGAGAUACGCUGUACAUAAUCAAGCAGUAGGGUUUACAUUAAAAAAACAUGGUGAACCAAGUCCACAGGUUCGAACACCACAUAAUUCAACAAAACAGAAUAACAUAAGAAUAUUGUAUGGAAAUCCAGUUGCUCGUGAAUUGUUAGAAGUUGAGCUCAACGAUAAGAGUUAUAAAUUUCAAAUGCACGCUUUAGUAACAAAUCCAAACUAUACAAACAAACGGAUGUUGAUGCUUUUAUUUAUUAACAAUCGUCUGGUCGAUUCCUCUUCUAUUCGUAAAAUGUUAGAGGAUUUAUAUACCGUCUACCUGCCAAAGAAAGCUCAUCCCUGGUGCUAUAUAUCACUAGACAUCAAUCCACAAAACAUUGAUGUCAAUGUACAUCCAACGAAACACGAAGUUCGAUUUCUUCAUGAAGAUGCAAUAAUCGAAAAAAUCAAAUUUGCUUUAGAUGAAAGACUAACUGGUAGCAGUGCAUCCAGAACAUUUUAUUUGCAAGCUAGAUUACCAAAAGCAGAUAUCACUAAAGACAUUCUAGAAGAGGUAUUGCCGGAACAUAAAAAAGGGAAUCCAGACAAAUCGAAAAAGAUUCACGCCAGAGAAAUGAUUAGAACAGAUUCAUCGGAUCAGAAGCUAGACAAAUUUAAUUUCACUAUACAUUCUGCCUUCAAACAUGGUAAAAGCAAUCAUAAUUUUCCUGUGGAAAAAUCUACAGAUAAUUUAGAACCUCCACCUCUUAAUUCUGAAGUUCUACCGGAAAUUGAUACAUGUGUUGUUAUCACGGAAGAUUCAAUUGCCGAUGAUAAACGUCAAGAAAAAAAAAAUGAGACAAAUCCAAAUUUAGCUAUUACAGAACAGAAUUUUACAUCAGAUAAUGAAGAGAUUCCAAUUGAUCAUGUUGCAACAAAUUGGUGUGACAUAAUAAAUAAUAUAACUCAAUCAGAAACGGAAAAUACCUGCAACUCGUCUACCAUUGUACAAAAUGAUAAGUCGAAGAAUAAUUGUCCGGAAAAUGUUAUGGAUAUUUCGGACAUUCUAUCUGAUUUAGAUGAAACAAUGAAUAAUUCUGCAGAAGAUAGAUCUAUAGACACUGUAGCUGAUAAGGCUCGUAAACAAGUAUAUCAAUAUUUUGGAAAUAUAGAUAUCAAUAAUAAAAAUAAAAACUCAGAAGAACAACAACAAAAAGUUAUAAAAGAUACAGAUAAUAUUAAGAAAGAAGGUGAAAGUUCAGAAUUUAUCAUAAACCAAAAUGCAUCUCUAACUGAGAGAAAUACUUGCUCUGAUGAAUCUGAAAAAUUAUUUAAGUCAUAUUCUGUAAAUAGUUUUAGACACGAAGUAAAAUUAACUAGCAUCUUACAAUUAAGAAAAGAAAUUGAAGAUGAAUGUCACGAAGGACUGAAAGAAAUCUUGUCUAAUUUAACUUUUGUUGGAUGUAUCGAUCAAACUUCAGCCUUAAUACAGAGUGGAGUAAAUUUGUAUAUUUGCAAUACCAGAAAAUUAGCGGAAGAACUGUUCUACGAAAUUAUGCUUUAUGACUUUGCGAAUUUUGGCAUCUUGAAAUUUUCAGAACGGAUAUCAUUGUUUGAUUUAGCAAUGAUUGCUUUAGAUUCGGGAGACACUGGAUGGACAGAGGAAGAUGGGCCGAAAGAAGAAUUAGCAGCGAGAGUAAAAGAAUUACUUUUAGAAAAAGCAGAUAUGAUGAAUGAAUACUUUUCGAUUGUUAUCGAUAAAGUUGGAAACUUAAGAUCGUUGCCUGUAUUAUUAGACAAAUAUUUUCCAUAUGAAGCAGAAAUUCCAUUGUAUAUGAUGCGAUUGGCAACGGAAGUUAAUUGGAAAAAAGAACAAUCAUGUUUCCAGAAUAUUUGUAGAGAAACAGCAAAAUUUUACAGUUACAUCAAUCCGAAGCACGAGACGUACGAUUGGAAGUAUAUAACUGAACACGUCUUGUACCCUGCAAUUAAAGAGAGUCUACUUCCCCCUAAACACUUUGCUCAUGAUUCAACAAUAUUACAAAUAGCUGCUUUACCUGAUCUGUACAAAGUGUUUGAAAGGUGUUAAAAUAUUCUGAUAAAAAUCUGAUAAUUUAACGUGUACUAUGUACUAUGAAUUAAACCACUUGAAAUUUACUAUUGUAUAUACUAUAGCAUAAUACCAAAUGUAUAUUUAACAUUACAUAAAUUAUACAGUCAUACAAUUUGACAUUUUUAUUAACUUCCAUCAAAUUCGCAUCUAAGUAUUUUAAAAAUUAAUUCUGUAUGAAAAAAUCUACUAAUACAAGAACUUUGUAUAAAAGUACAUGUAUAUAUCAUCUGUUAAUCCAUAUGUACCUUACACUUCCA